AUGAUUCAUUUUCCAGAGGUCACAGAUGGCAAGUGUGUCUUUCCAUUCUCCUAUAAAAAUGAAACAUUCUAUGAUUGCAUCAAGUUCAAAGCAAAACACAUGUGGUGCUCAGUAAAUGAGACUUACCAAGGAUAUUGGAAAUAUUGUGGAAAAGAAGACUUUGCACAGUGUGUGUUUCCCUUUUGGUAUAGACGCAUGAUCUACUGGGAGUGUACCGAAGAUGGGCAAGCAUUUGGGAAAAAAUGGUGUUCAUUGACCCAGAAUUAUAACCAGGACCGUGUUUGGAAGUAUUGCUGA